CUCAAGGAUCCCUCAAGGAACCCACAAUACGGAUAGAGGCUCUGAUGAUAUAAAUACAUCAACGCCUCGAGUCAAAGUCCGCCGACCAUUGAUGCAUUAUAGUUGGCAACGCGCCUUACAAUUAUAGUGUAGAUUGUGUAUCUAAGUGGGGAACUUUAUCAUCCAAAAAUCUAGUUAGUUUUUCUCCUGUCACAGUCGGUGGUUCUUGUCCGUUUCUCUUCCCCUACUUGUUUCCAUUCUUCUCUCUUCUUUCUUCCGUAUCGUGUUUUUCGCAGACAGUUAUUACCUAUUCACCGGACCAACAACCUUGAUUCGCGAUGUCUGCUCGUUGCCCCCCCCCCCCCAAUAGAGCAUUUGAGCGUGCAGGCUAACGAAGAAAGUGCGGAGCUGUUUGCCUACCAACGAUCUAGUCGAAAACCCCAAUGGAAACACAACCGCGAGAAUUACCAUGAUCGUUGGUCUGUUCCUUCCCUUCUCGAGAACCGAACAGCGCCAAAACGACCGUGCCAAAAUCCACAAGAAUCGAAGGCAUACAGAAUGCGUCACAAAACCUGGAGGCGUGGGGUUCAUCAAUGCUGUGUUGCAAAGCUACCUGGAGAACCCCUUCUACAUGCUCCCUGACACUGUGAUCUUCAGAAUCAUGAGUCGUUAGACAUAGUCAGCCUUGAGUGUCUUCGCCGGGCCGGUCGGUUAUUUCUUCAAUUGUUCGAGAAAUGCGACUUUUUACCAGCGAAUUACAUAUCGGUGAAUUAUCCAUGGGCCAAAUUUCGCCGAUAUCUCACAUCUCAACAACGGACUACUCUCACGUUCUUGUUAGCGAGAGACUUAUACUGUACUGAUUGCUAUGCCACGAAGCUCGCCAGGAAUUGGGCCCAGAGAGUUCACUAUUUGACCAAGGUGUACUUGCACUGCUCGGACUGCAAGCUCGACCAUCCAGUAUGCCUGUUCCUCCCAUUUGAGCGCUCCAAGGGCAGGGACAGCCGUCUCUGUGUUGGGCAUACGGGUUUUAUCCGAUUGUGCUCGCACACGGUUUUUCAUUGGUCUGAUGUCCAAAGGGUGUCGUCUACCAGGUUCUCAUGGGAAAGGCUCAAGUGCAAGGGCGUGAAUGACGAGACGGUGGUAAUGUGUCGCGACAAAGACCACAUGCAAUCAUGCCAACAGCAACCAAAUGGAUGGUCGUUUCCGUUUUUGUGGUUUGGAAAAAGUUGGCAGGAAGGUACAUUUCCUCUGCACCCCCGUGUACCCAUACACAAGAGGCAAGGCAUAUCCAAUCACGCAAGGACCGAGAUAGGCCAGAAGCUUAUACUGUACAUAUCUUGGAUGGCACACGUUGAUUUGAGCCCUAAUAAUCACAGCCUCACGCCCGAAAUGUUGGGCGAGAACCUUGCUAAACUCCGAGAGCGGCAAGCAGGUUUUACGUUUCCCGAGGCAGAGCCUGGACGACUCACCGAGACAAUGCUCUUUGACCUCAACCGUUGCGAUUGCCUGCGUUACACACAACUAGAUCGGCUUGGUGGAACAUGGCAUCGUGCUCAGACACCGCUGCAGACAACUCUUCGGUCACUAGCUAAAAGCUGUUUGUUUGGGAAACAUUGCCAACGCCUUGGCCCGCUGACAAAAGCCCAAGUACACAGCACUGUCAGAACAAACCGACCCGAGGACAAAGGCAAGCAUGCAGAAAAGACUUUGUCAAACAAGCGCACGUCAUGACCGUGGGUAUAUCGAAACCGGGCACCGAGGAUACAGCUCCGUUCUGCAUGGAUCGAACAAUAGCUCUACCAUGCCGUGGUGGCGGGCUGUGUCUACAGAUCAACUUUACACGAAUCGUGGACCUGGCAUCGGGACCAGAUGACAGCGUCGCUAAGAUGAACAGGGCUUGGUUUCAGGCCCUUGACCCCCAGUCUUUUUGGGACGAUGCCAAGAAGGGUGAUGAUGGCCAGAAUCAGGAUUAUGGUGAUGACAGUGACACCCAAAACUACGCGGACGGGUAUGACGAUGGGUAUUGGGUGUAUUGGGGUAAGGAGAAGACAAUGUCAAUGCCACUGCCUCUCAGUUUGAUGUUUGAGAGAUUCGUUUAAACCGCUUUAUAACCAAAAUGCACAUAAAAGUACGUCUUGUAUAAAG